AUGACCCAGUCGCGACCAGCCGUCCUCCGGCCGACCAUCCUACGUCUCGUCCCACGCCGCUUUUACUCUGCUGAGUCCGCAGCUGUACGGGAAGAAGAAGCGAUCUCGGAUGACAGAAUCACCAAGUUUUCCGAUCUUCCAAAGCUCGGCGUGGACCAGAAGCUUGUCGAUGCCUUGGUCCACGGCAUGAAAUACGAGGAUAUGACCGAUGUCCAGUCGCUCACCAUAAACUCUGCACUGCGGGGUGUUGACCUUGUCGCGCAAGCCAAGACCGGUACCGGAAAGACUCUUGCCUUCUUGAUUCCUGUAUUCCAGCGCAUGCUUGCUGCCGACCCCAGCCUCGAAAGCGUCCGUACCAAGCGGCAUGCCUCCUCCGAAGAUAUCCGCGCUAUUGUCAUGUCGCCCACUCGUGAGCUUGCCGAGCAGAUCGGUGUGGAGGCUAGGAAACUGGCCAGAGGCACCGGCAUCGUUGUGCAAACCGCCGUAGGCGGCACCCAAAAGAGAGAGGCCUUGCGCAAGAUGAGGAGCGAAGGAUGUCACUUGCUCGUGGCCACCCCUGGAAGACUCAACGACAUCCUUUCUGAUGAGAUGGCCCGCGUUGCCGCUCCAAGGCUCCAAGCAGUUGUGCUGGACGAAGCCGACCGCAUGUUGGACGUUGGCUUCGCUCAAGAAAUCGGGCAGAUCAUGAGGAACCUGCCCUCUAUCAAGCAGGUCGACCGGCAGACAUUACUUUUCUCGGCCACCAUCCCAGACAGUGUUGUGUCUCUUGCCAAGUCCAUGGUCAAAAUCAACAACUUUGAGUUCGUCCAGACGAUUGAUCAAAAUGAGGCGCCCACACACGAGCGGAUCCCGCAGAACCUGGCCAUCGUUCAUGGCUACGAAAACUGGAUUCCUGCCAUCCUUGAGAUUAUCGAAAACGCUCAGAAGAAUUCCGAAGCACCGUUCAAGGCGAUGCUCUUCCUCAAUAGCACCGCCACCGUACAGUACGUUUACGAAGUACUGGCUAAGACUGGCCCAUUCGCGGGCCGUUCCGGCCUGCCCCUCUGGGACAUUCACUCAAAGCUCACUCAAGGUCAACGUACUCGUGCGGCUGAGUCGUUCCGCAAAUCCAGCAGUGGCUUGCUCGUCUCAUCCGAUGUCACUGCUCGCGGUAUGGACUUCCCGGGAGUCACACACGUCAUUCAGAUCGGCCUUCCUCCCGACAGGGACCAGUACAUCCAUCGAAUUGGUCGCACCGGUCGUGCCGGCAAGUCUGGCGAGGGCUGGUUGAUUCUUACCGCCGAGGAGAUUCGGGAGGCGCGCAACCGCCUUCCUGGUCUGCCUAUCAAGCCGAAUGAGUCCCUCCAGACGGCCAAGGUUGAGCUUGAGAAGGGCAUUCCUGAAGGCCCGCUGGGAGAGGUUUUCCAAGAGGUGAAGGAUGUUUCCCAAAGGCUUCCCGACUACAUGUUCAAUGACGUCUACAUUUCCUUGUUGGGAGCAAAGAACAGCCGAUAUUGGAAUGUAGAAGACACUGUCGCUGCCUUGAACCGGUGGUGCAAGUACGGCCUCGAUCUUGCCCAGACUCCCGCAAUGUCUGCUGGCUCUGCGCAGAAGCGCGGUCUUGCAAGGGUCCCUGGACUCCGAUUGGACCACGGCGGUUCUUCGAGGUCUGGCUCCAGAAGAGACGAUUACGGCUCGAGGGGCGGCUUUGGCUCAAGGGGUGACUUUGGCUCGAGCGGCGGAGACUCUAUGCGUCGUGACCGCGAGGGCAGCUAUGAUCCAUUCAGCAAACGGAUCGAUUCUCGUGCCGGCGGCGAUGGUUACGGCAGACAUGGCGGUGGUGGCCGUCGUGGAGGUGGUUUCAGUGGCCGUGGUUCUGGUGGCGGUGGACGAGGCGGCUAUGGUGGCCGCCAUGGUAGUGGCGGCGGCGGCGGCGGUUCCUACCGAGACUCGUCUUUCUAA